UGACCAACGCCACCCACCCUCCCCACCACCAUACAUCCUUCCCUUCGACCAUCCACCAAAGCCCACACCCGCUUCGUCCCCCAUGCCCUGCAACCCACACCAUUCUCCUACCAAACCCCUGGCCCAGCUGUAUAUUCCCAUGCCCGUGUGCGCCUCCUCUGCUUUCCCCUCGCACACUCACAGUCCUCCGUUGGCCGUGGCUGCUCAUGCUGACCUGACCACCACAGAGAAGCUGGCCUUCCUGCAUUCUUCCACCCCGCUCCUCCCUCCCCUGCAUUCCUCGACUUCAAAUCCACCCGUUUCUUCUUUCGCCGUUCUCUUCCUCCUCCUCCCCCACUCCUCCACCCCGCGCUCCCUCUCCCCCAGGGACACGGGGUGGCUGCCUCCGCUAACCACAGCGGAGAAAGUAGCAUUCCCUCUGGCGGCCGUGACGCUGCUGCUGCUCUCACUCACAGUCUCCUGCAUCAUGGCGUCGGCUCUAGGGCUCGACAUCUCUGCACUUCAGGCGGCAGUGGAGGGGGUGGAUGCGGGGGUGAGGCGGCAGGCGCAGCGGGUGCUGUCUCUGCGGCGCCACGGCACGCUGCUGCUUACCACGCUGCUGCUCGCCUCCACCACGCUCAACGUCGCCUUCACCAUCUUCUCCACUGCUAUCUUGGGAAUGCUGUUCGGAUUCCUCUUCUCCUUCCUCGCCCUCCUUCUCCUCGUCGAGCUCUUGCCUCCCUCCCUCUGCGCCCCACGCCCUCUCCACGUCGCCUCCGCCACCUCAUGGCUCUCCCACCUCCUCCUCAUCCUCUUCCUCCCCCUCUCGCUCCCCCUCACCGGCGCUCUAAAUUGCUGCUUGGGGAAAGGGGAGCCUGUGGUGCAAGGGGGGGGGAGGGGGAGGAGGAGGGGAAGGGCGGGGAAGUGGCGGAGGAAGGGAGGGGAGAUGGGGGAGGAGGAUGGGGAGGAUGAGAGGGUGAUGGAAGGGCUUCUGUGCAGUGGUCCCAUUGUUAUUCUUAUUCCCUCUCCUCCCCCCGGCAGUGUCCUAGAGGAAGACGAAGGAGAUAUUGAAAACCCACCCCCAUCCCCUCCUGCUCCCGCUGCUGCUGCUCCUGCUGCAGCUGCUGCUGCUGCUGGUGUCAAUGCUACUGCUGCUAGUGUUACUGCUGCUGCUGCUGCUCCUCCCCUUGCUGCAGAUGCUGUAGUAGCUAUUGCAGUCACAGACCUGACCAAUGACAGAGACACGCUCCUGUCCCCUGCAUGUGUGCCUGGAGGGUGCAUGGGUCCAGGAGACGGGGGGUUCCUAGCCCACCACCCUCGCUUCUCCUCGCGCGCUGCUGCUGGCGGGGCGGCAGCAAAGCAGUGGGGCAAAGGGGGGAGUGAUGGGAGGGGGGUUAGGAGGGGAGAAGGGAGCGGAGAGAGGGGACAGUGUCUGCCGCCUAUUGGGAGGUGA